CUGCUGGCUGUCACACUUCUUGUCCUAUUUGGAAAUGCCGGAAAUUCCGAUAAAAAUUUGUUGGAAUCUUCUACAUCUUCGUCAGCUGUUUCAGAAGCUUCAACAAAUGCACUUGUAGCAUCAGAGCCAUUUUACAAGCUUUUCUUGCCAACUUGCAAUAACAGUACAAAAUUAAUAAAGAAGUCAGAUGCAUUAGCUGAAGAAGAGGAUGGCCAAUUUCCUCCAGAUUACUUUACCAUUGAGCAGCGUCAAAAAGGAGCUGUCUUACUACAUGUGUGUGGCCUUAUUUAUAUGUUCGUGGCAUUAGCCAUUGUUUGUGAUGAAUUUUUUGUGCCAUCGUUAGCUGUGCUGACGGAAAAACUUUCAAUUUCGGAUGACGUAGCCGGAGCAACAUUCAUGGCUGCAGGAGGAUCAGCUCCAGAAUUCUUUACGUCAGUCAUUGGAGUGUUUAUAGCUCAAAAUAAUGUUGGAAUUGGUACAAUAGUAGGAAGUGCUACAUUCAACAUCUUGUGUGUACUCGCUUGCUGUACCUUAUUUUCAACCACCGUGCUACAGCUUACAUGGUGGCCAUUGUUUAGAGAUGUGACAAUAUAUAUGAUAGCAUUAGCAAUGCUUGUCCUCUUCUUCUUGGAUGAGAAAAUCACUUGGCCGGAAGCUCUAUCCUUAUUCAUUGUUUAUUUAUUUUAUUGUAUGCUAAUGAAGUUCAACGUCAAGAUAGAGAUUUUUGUUAAAACAAAAAUUUUGGGACAAUCGUUGGAUGAAGCUGAUGCUGAAGAGAAUGCAUCACUCAAUAAUUCAAUGCCCAUAAAUGCACGUCUUAAUGGAAAUAAUAAUACAUUAGAAUAUAAAGAGCCUGAAGAUAUCUAUCGAAGUGAGAGAAGUCAUUCAUUGCGAAGAAGUUCAUCUCUUGGAAGACGUCAAUCAAUUCCAAUUCUGCAUUCAGGAACUAUGUUCCGAACAGGAAUUAUGCAGCUUAUGAAUCACACGUUGGAGCAACUUCCGGAAGGGGAAAGUGAAGAAGAUGAUACAUCCCGAAGAUCUGCUGAAAAGUCAGUGGCUUUAAAUCAUCAAGCUGCUCCAAAUGUUGCCAAACAAACUGAACUCACAAUUCCUGCUCGACACAUUGAUCGACGAUCAUCACAAAUUGAGGAAAUUAAAUCAUUAUUGGAAGAGGAGGAAGAACAACCAUUGGAUAUGUCUUGGCCAGAUGAAUGGCUUAAACGAUUAACUUAUGUAUGCUUGGCUCCCAUAUUAAUUCCCAUGUGGGUAACAAUUCCGGAUGUGCGAAAGCCUGAUUGUCGCAAAUGGUAUCCAGUCACGUUUGUCGUUUCCAUCUUAUGGAUUGCCUUCUUCUCAUACUUGAUGGUCUGGUGGGCUAAUACCAUUGGCGAGACGCUUGUCAUUCCGACCGAAGUCAUCGGACUAACAAUUCUCGCUGCCGGCACAAGCAUUCCCGAUCUGAUCACAAGUGUCAUCGUAGCUCGAAAAGGUUUGGGAGACAUGGCCGUUAGCAGUUCCGUCGGAAGUAACAUAUUUGAUGUUUGUGUCGGACUGCCAGUGCCAUGGCUUUUGUAUUUCGUUUGGGAACCCAUGCGAUCUGGUGUUUUGCCAGAAGCGAUUUCCGUUAGCAGCAAAGGCUUAUUAUGUUCUGUUGGAAUGCUGUUUAUCAUGCUAGUUGUCCUUGUUUUCAGUAUUUUCGUCUCCGCCUGGAAAAUGAACAAAAUCUUUGGAAUAAUUAUGAUCGUCUCAUACAUCUUCUUCUGUUUGUUCUCUGUCGCUUUAGAAACUGAUCGCCUUAAAUGUCCUCUGAAUAUUUGCUGA